CCGAUGAAAGGAAAUACACUAGAGUUGCAACGUUCCCCCAAGUCAUUAUCUGUCAGUAUGAAGUAUUUUUAAAAAGAAGCGGUCCGCUACUAUUUAUUUAUUAGUUUAAGUACGUCGAUAAUUUUUGAGUGUUAUUGGAGCCACAUUAUCACUCACUAAUUACAAACCAUGAAACAGUCCUGGCUGCUGUUGUUGACUUUAUUUUACAUUUCCUCGGAGGUUUCUUCUUGGAGAAUCUUCCGCAAUGGUCGCAUGGUUGGUGGUAACCUCGGUGAACCAAAAUGCAAUUGUAAAGAAAGCAGCAUAAAAGAGGUACAAGAGGAAUGGUUUACACAAAAUUUGGACCAUUUUAACCCCACAGACGAGACAACUUGGAAACAAAGAUUUUACAGUAAUGAUCAAUUUUUUGAUCCGAAAAAUGGGGGCCCUGUCUUUUUGAUGAUAGGGGGCGAGGGUGAGGCAUCCAUCAAAUGGAUGACUCAAGGAGCUUGGGUUAAUUAUGCCGAGAAAUUUGGGGCCCUGAUGUUCCAGUUGGAGCAUAGGUAUUACGGCAAGAGUCACCCCACUGACGACUUGAGUACCCAAAAUCUGAAGUACUUAACGAGUCAGCAAGCUCUAGCCGACUUGGCAACUUUCAUAACUGCAAUGAACGAAAAGUACAGUUUACCGCCCGACGUAAAAUGGAUCGCUUUCGGCGGUUCAUAUCCAGGUUCAUUAGCGGCUUGGCUCCGCUUCAAGUACCCCCAUUUAGUGCACGGUGCUAUGUCUGCCAGUGGUCCUCUACUAGCUCAAGUUGAUUUUAAAGACUACUUCAGAGUCAUUAAGGAAUCCCUAGCGACUCACAGCGACGACUGCGUAACCGCCGUCCAGCAAGGAGUCGACCAAAUCGGCGUCUUGCUCAAGCAAGAAAUCGGCCAAGCCAACCUGAACGAGCUCUUCAAACUGUGCGACCCGGUCCAGAACUCGAUAAAUAACGAGAAAGACAUUUCGAAUUUAUACGAAACAAUCGCUGAUGAUUUCGCCGGGGUUGUUCAGUACAAUAAAGAUAACAGGGUAGGCAGCCCUGCUGGAGCAAACAUUACAAUAGACGUAGUUUGCGACAUAAUGGUGAAUCAGACAAUAGGGCCGCCGGUUAAUCGGCUUGCGAAAGUCAACGAGGUGCUGUUGAGCGCCUACGACCAGAAAUGCCUGGAUUAUAACUACGACAAAAUGAUAAAUAAUCUGCGGAAUGUGAGUUGGGACAGCGAGGCGUCCGAAGGCGGCCGCCAGUGGACCUACCAGACGUGCACCGAGUUCGGCUUCUACCAAACCUCCGACUACGAACCGCAGAUAUUCGGGGACCAGUUUUCGGUUGAUUUCUUCAUCCAGCAAUGUACUGAUAUUUUCGGGUCGAUCUACGAUGAGGAUUUUCUUAACAGUGCCACAGAGCGCACCAAUACGUACUAUGGGGGCCUUGAUAUUGAAGUGAGUAAUGUGGUGUUUGUGCACGGGUCGAUCGACCCGUGGCAUGCUUUAGGUAUCACCAAAACUAUCGACGAGGAAGCGCCGGCUAUUUAUAUCGAAGGAACUGCCCACUGUGCUAAUAUGUACCCUCCAGCUGAUACGGACUUGCCUCAGUUGAAAGAAGCGCGUGAGCAGAUUUUAAACCUGAUCGGCACGUGGUUGGCGCAGUGAUAUUUGUGAUAUUUACGUUAAAAUACGAGUAACUAAUGCCAUGUAUUGUACGUAAAGUUUACCAAAAUAAAUAAAUUUUAUGAAAUUUA